CGUCCGUUUGUCCCGCUCUCCUCUCGGCAGCUCAACACCUUCCAGGCGGUCAUAGCCUACGACGAGGAGGACACCUACGCCAUCUUCCUCUACCCCGAGGGCGGCCUCCAGUUCCUGGGGACGCGGCCCAAGGACUCCUACAACGUCCAGCUGGAGCUGCCGGCCAGGGUGGGCUUCAGCCGCGGGGACAGCGACGACGGGAGGAGAGAAGGGCUCUUCUACAGCGUGGCCAGCACCGAGCAGGCGCUGAGGCGCCUCGAGCGGGGGAGCAACGCGGGGGUGCCUGGCGUGUGGGUCUUCCACGUGGGCAGCUCAGGACCCCUGGAGCACGUGGAGCCGGGGGGUGGUGAGGGGGCCAGCCCCGGCACAUCGCAGAGCCCCACAGCGCCCACAGAGCCGCCGGCACGACCCGGCUGGGCGCCCACGUCACCGCGUCCCCGCCACCACGGCCAGCCGAGCAUCGUCCCCGCGGGGCUGCCCGCGUCCCCGGGGCAGGAGCGGAGCCGCCGGCUGCAGCCCGACGGGGACACCCCGCAGAGCUACCCCGCAAACCCCGCGUCCUACAGCUCCGGGCACCACGGCGUGGGCGUGGAGGAGGAGGUGCAUUUUAACGCCGACGUGUUCACCUACAGCGCGGGCAGCAAGGAGACGUGCGCCCGGCACCACGGGCGCUGCUCCCCGCACGCCUUCUGCACCGACUACGCCACCGGCCUCUGCUGCCACUGCCAGGCCUCCUACUACGGCAACGGGCGGCAGUGCCUGCCCGAAGGGGCCGUGCAUCGCCUGAACGGGAAGGUGAGCGGCAGCCUGGCGGUGGGGAGGAUGCCCGUCCGCUUCCAGGACGUCGACCUGCACGCCUACAUCGUGGGCAGCGACGGGCGAGCCUACACGGCCAUCAGCGGGGUGCCCGCGCCAGCUGCUCGCGCUCUCCUGCCCCUCCUGCCCCUCGGAGGGCUCUUCGGGUGGCUCUUUGCUCUCGAGGAGCCCGGCUACGAGAACGGCUUCAGCAUCACCGGUGCUGAAUUCACCCAGAACCUGGAGGUGACCUUCUACCCCGGGGAGGAGCAGGUCCACAUCACCCAGACGGCCGAAGGCUUGGGGCCAGACAAUUACUUGAGCCUGAAGACCCACAUUCAGGGCCAGGUGCCUUUCAUCCCGGAGAACUUCACCGUCCACGUCAGCCCCUACAAGGAGCUGUACCACUACUCCAGCUCAGCCGUGACGUCCUCAGCGCACCGGGACUACGUCCUCACCUCGGGGGCCGCCAACCAGACCCUGUCGUACCGCCUGCGCCAGAACAUCACCUUCUCGGGCUGCCCGCACGCCCGCGGCCGCCUGCCCCCUCUCCAGCGGCUGAGCGUGGCGCGCGCCUUCGCCCUCUACGACGGCCAGGAGCAGGCCCUGCGCUACGCCCUCGCCGGCCGCAUCGGCUCUGCCCACGACGAUGCUGAGACGCCCCCGGUGAACCCGUGCCACGACGGCACGCACACGUGCGAGGCGACGGCGCGCUGCCAGCCCGGCACGGGGCUGGGGUACACGUGCGAGUGCGCGGAUGGCUACCGGGGAGACGGACGGGGCUGCCAAGACGUGGACGAGUGCGGGGAGGGCCUGAGCCAGUGCGGCCCCUUCUCCAUCUGCCUGAACGCGCCGGGCAGCUACCGCUGCGAGUGCCGCAGCGGGUACCGGCUGGCGGAGGACGGGCACGCCUGUGUGCCACUGGCGCUGUCGGCCGAUCCCUGCGAGGACGGGAGCCACCCCUGUGCGCCAGGGGACCGGGCGCGCUGCCUGCCCCGCGCCGGGGGCCUCCCUGCCUGCGAGUGCCUGCCCGGCUACGCCGGAGACGGCCGCGACUGCACCGACGUGGAUGAGUGUGCCGAAAACCCGUGUCACCCUGCCGCCGCCUGCUACAACACACCGGGCUCCUUCUCCUGCCGGUGCCAGCCCGGCUACGAGGGCGACGGCUUCCAGUGCACGCACGCGCAAGGCAGCACGCAGCGGCUGACGCCGUGCGAGCACGAGCGGCUGUACCCCCGGGUGCUGGGGCACGCGGCGCAGUGCGACGAGCAGGGCGGGUACCGGCCCCUGCAGUGCCACGGCAGCACCGGGCACUGCUGGUGCGUGGACGCCGCGGGGCAGGAGAUCGCCGGCACGAGGACGGCGCCGGGCAGCACGCCGCCGCGCUGCGGGAACCCAGGGUCCUCCCAGCAGCUGACGCCGUGCGAACACGAGCGGCUGUACCCACGGGUGGUGCCGCCGGGCCCCUCGCCCGUGGGCGACGGGCACGUGCCGCAGUGCGACGAGCGGGGCGGGUACCGGCCCCUGCAGUGCCACGGCAGCACCGGGCACUGCUGGUGCGUGGACGCCGCGGGGCAGGAGAUCGCCGGCACGAGGACGGCGCCGGGCAGCACGCCGCCGCGCUGCGGGAGCCCAGAGCCCACGGAGCGGCCCCCGAGCAUGUGCGAGCGCUGGCGGCAGAGCCUGCUGGAGCACUACGGCGGCAGCCCCCGCGGCGACCAGUACGUGCCGCAGUGCGACGCGGGGGGCCACUUCACCCCGCUGCAGUGCCACGGGGACAGCGGGUACUGCUGGUGCGUGGACGAGAGCGGCAGGGAGAUCCAGGGCACGCGCUCGGAGCCCGGCAGCCCCCCGCCAUGUCUCCCCAGCGUCGCGCCGCCAAGCGUCCGGCCCUCGCCGCGGCCCGACGUGUCCCCGCCGGGCACGGGGACCUUCCUGCUCUACGCCCAGGGGCAGCAGAUCGGCUACCUGCCGCUCAACGGCACGCGGCUGCAGAAGGAGGAGGCGAAGACCCUGCUCUCCCUGCAUGGCUCCAUCGUGGUGGGGAUCGACUACGACUGCCGGGAGAGGACGGUCUACUGGACCGACGUGGCCGGCCGCACCAUAAGCCGGGCCAGCCUGGAGCCCGGCGCCGAGCCGGAGACCGUCAUCAACUCAGGGCUCCUCAGCCCCGAGGGGCUGGCCGUGGACCACCUGCGCAGAGCCAUGUUCUGGACCGACAGCGGCCUCGAUAAGAUCGAGCGAGCCCGGCUGGACGGCUCCGAGCGGCAGGUGCUCUUCGACACGGAGCUCGUCAACCCCCGGGCCAUCGCGGUGGACCCCGUCCGAGGCAACCUUUACUGGACCGACUGGAAUCGGGAAGCACCGAAAAUCGAAACGGCCACCGUCAACGGGGCCAACAGGAGGGUGCUGGUGAACAAGGACAUCGGGUUGCCCAACGGCCUGACGUUCGACCCCUUCUCCAAGCUGCUCUGUUGGGCAGACGCAGGCACGAAGAACCUGGAGUGCACGUUCCCCGACGGGGCAGGCAGGCGCAUCAUACAGAACAACCUCAACUACCCCUUCAGCAUCAUCAGUUACGCCGACCACUUCUACCACACCGACUGGAGACGGGAUGGCGUGAUAGCUGUCAAUAAGGAAACCGGCUCCUUUACCGAUGAGUAUCUUCCAGAGCACCGAUCGCAUCUCUACGGAAUAACCGCAGUUUAUCCCUACUGCCCUGGAGCAAGGAAAUGAUAACCGCAACUUCAAGAAACAACAAACUUUGCACCCCAAAGAACUUCAGACCCAGAAAACUGUCACUGCAUACAACUGAAAGGGAAAACCCCUUAACCAAGGCCAACGAAGUAACCUACCUUCCUGCAAAAGAUCAUCGUAUAUUUUUGAAUUUAUACCUCAAGUCUUUACUACUGUAUUUUUUAAAGUGAAAAAACAUUGAUUUAUUACAAAAAAAAAUGGUCCUGUGAAUCCUAGGCCAUUACUCUAACUCUUGCUUAUGCAAGCAAAUUUAAAAGGAUAGCUUUCUUAUUCAAAUGUUUUAUUUUAUUGGGAGAAUAGAUUAAUUUUAUUAGUUUGACAAUCUGACCAACAGGUCCUUUUAACCAAAAAUAAGCACAUCGGGGAAGCUUUGGAUGCAGUAUCUUGCUGGGUCUCAGUCAUCUACAGCCCUGAAGACUGUAUACGUUCAGAGAAGUGUGCAGAACAGUUUUGUGAUACAGCAAAGGCAUGGGAGGUUUUUUUUUUUUUCCCGGAAGACAAUUCUGUAUUUUCAACACUGCCUCAAUGCAUGUCUUUUAGUAUUUAUAUUAGAAGAAUAUGCUAGAAGUGAUCUGUUCAUGCUUCUUGGUUCUCCUGAGUGCCUCCAUAGACCUGCCCAUGGAGACCAAUACAUGUUCAGAAAUACAUUUUAAGUUGUAAUGCUUCACUUUUUCUAGGUUACUUCAAUAAUUGAAUAAAAUGGUUGUUUUAAGUUUC